GCAGGUGAAUGGAGUACGUUCCGGUUUUCUGCAACUCACUAGAUCGGUUCGGCAGGGAUGCCCGAUGUCGCCUGCAUUGUAUGUCAUCUUUGUCGAGGCCCUACACGACCUCCUUCGAGGGGACGAGGCCCUGCAGGGACUUCAGCUGAGACAGGAUGUGGUCCWCAAGUCCACAGCCUUUGYAGACGACACCGACGCAGUCAUCCCUCCCACUAUGCAGCAACUACGGCGCCUYCAAAUGGAUCUGGAUCUGUUCUCCCAGUAUCCAGGGGCAASGGUGAAUUGGYGGAAGUCGAAGCCCAUACUCCCGCAGGGAUGCGUAGCCCCAGAAGGGUGGGAUGUUCCCACCUUGGAGGAUGGUGAAAACAURUGCUACUUGGGUGUUAUGAUCCACCCGGAGGGAGGGGGUGCUCAGCAGAUGGAAGGAUUGGCAGCGGCCGCAAUUCUGAGGUUGGGGCGCUGGGCGAAGAGGACGCMCUUGGGCGUUUUCKGAAAGGCCCUUGUCCUCAAGAAUUCGGUGCUAUCUACAAUGUGGUAUGAUGGGGCCAUCCAUAUGCCAAAGAGGUGGGUUUUCAGGYAGUUGCGGACAGCAGUGCAUCGAUACCUCUGGGCAGGCGACGUGGAAGCGGAGUCGGUAAUCCCCAGGGUGGCGUGGUCGAAGCUCACCCAGCCUAGGAGUCAGGGGGGGCUGGGGAUCUUGGACACCGAACUGCAGAUGACGGCGCUACAGCUACGUAAUCCGCUGUGGAUUCUGCUGGGGACGGCGGGCACAGCGUGGGAGAGUCUUACGACUCAGCACCUGGCCCUGGCUCUGGGUACGACGGAGCAAAUGGUCUUAGUGGCGCUGGCUAGCCCAGGCCUUAUCAGUCAUGUCAAAAGGGACCAGGUCUGGUCCGUUGUGCUAAGGUUAUGGAAAAGAAUUCAACUACAGCAGGAACUGYUGGUCACCGCAAACGACGUGUAUAACCAGCUCCUCUUUGAAAACCCCUGCAUAUGCGAUGAGGAGGGCGACCCAUUCCCAUGGCAGGGGAAGCCAGGGGCCUUUGGGAAGCCUUGGGCGGAGUGUGGGGUGUUCAAGGUCGGGCACCUGUGGAAUGAGGAGGAGAGAGACUGGAGGAACGAGGGUGAUAUGGCGACGYGACUCCCCCAUAAAUUCCGAAGGCAGCACAAUUUGGAAGCCCUUAGGAGGGCCAUCCCCAUGCAAUGGGUGGACAUGUUGAGAGAGGACCGCAGGGUGGUGGGAGAAUGGGUGCGCAGUAAGGGAGAGACGCACCCCCUUCAGGUGUACCAGAUUGUAAAGGUACAGGGUGAGGAGGUGAUGACGUGGGAGUGGGAAGUGGUCACUGGCUAUGAGSGUCUGGGAGCCCCAAUGAGAGUUGGAAUUGGGGCAGGGAAGAGAUGGCGAGCCGAUGAGAUUGAGACGGUGGCAUGCGCCCUUGAUACAAGGUUUCCACAUCUCUUAGGGCCGACUGACCCAUGUCCAAGCGCUGUUCACAUGGAACCCUUCUCCACUUCGGUCUUCAAAGUUCUCAUUUGAAUAUUUGCUACUACCACCAAGAUCUGCACCGGGACCCGCUUCACCUAGGCUCACGCUCCAGGCUUCGCAGCAGGCCCCGCGCCCUCCUACUCGUCGGGGCGUCUGAAUCUCCGCGACGGCCGAGGAUAGGUCGCGCGCUUCAGCGCCAUCUAUUUUCGGGGAUGAUUGAUUCGGCAGGUGAGCUGUUAGACACUCCUUAGCGGAUUUCGACUUCCAUGACCACCGUCCUGCUGUYUGUAUCAAUCAACACCCUUUGUGGUGUCUCGGUUAGCGCGCCGUUUGGCACCGUAGCUCGACUUUCRGUUCAUCCCGCAUCGCCAGUUCUGCUUACCAAAAAUGGCCCACUUGGAGCUUUCAUUGAUCCUCGGGGUUCGCUUAAGCAACCCCGAAAUCUUACCUAUUUAAAGUUUGAGAGUAGGUCGAGGGUGUUUCACCCCCGAGGCCUCUAAUCAUUCGCUUUACCCGAUAAAACUGUUCAACAGCU